AUGACGAAAUGGACUAAAAAUAAAAAUCGAGAACUCGGUGCAAACCCAAAACGACUAUCCUGGCAUUUUCAGAGCUUCUCUCCUGGUCAGCAGGUGAUAGUUUCGGAUGAGGAUAUUGAUCAUCAAGGUAAACCCGCAGAUGCCCGCACCUUACUAGUUCUGAAAGAUGCACCCUCGAGGAAAAGAAACCUCGCAGUCGACGUCAACGUCGAAACUGUAAGCCAAGAUCGCGUGUGGACUGAUGAAGCUGUAAUAGCUAUUCCCGCAGGUCAAAACCACAGGGCUACGUUAGAAACUGUUUUAGUUGCCUGGAUUCUUCUCCUGUAUCGAUAUAAUGGGGAUUCAAUCACCGAGUGCACAUGGGGAUGGGGCGGAACGGAAGAGGUGGAAUUCAAGCGUCUCGUGGUGAAUAGAAUCGAGGGCUUUAAGGCAGUGCCAGAUGUUGCAAACGUUGUCCACAAUCAUCUUUUAGCACUGGAUCCUUUCCUAAGCUCUCGAUUUGCAGUGGUAGUUCUUAACGAUGGAGGUAGAGACGAUUGGAAUUUCCGAGUAUCCGUACGUUUACUGUUCCAGGAACUCUACAUGGAAUCGCAUUGGAAGCCACCAGCUAUGUCGGAGAGCCAAGCUCUCACUCAAUUACAAUACUUCUCCAAGAUCCUGGCCACCAUUUUCCAAGACCGAGAUCUUUCUCUUUCCAGGAUUGCGGACAUCUCCCAGGAAGAAUUGUCCCAGAUUUGGAGUUGGAACACUCCCUUGCCGCCGACAAUCAACCAGUGCAUGCACGACAUCAUCCGUGAUAGGUGUUUUCAGUGUCCAGAGAAAGUAGCGGUGGAUUCCUGGGAUGGGAAACUCACGUAUGCGCAUAUCGAGCGCUAUUCGACAGAGUUGGCACAGAAUCUUCUGUUGCUUGUCAAAUCGCCACAGACCAUCAUUCCUCUGCUCUUCGAAAAGUCGCGCUGGACAAUUGUCGCAUUACUUGCAGUUAUGAAGGCAGGCGCCGCAUUUGCACUCCUCGACCCAGCGCAACCAGAAGGCAGGCUUCGCGCCAUAGCCAAACAGAUAUCCGCGCCUCUUAUCGUCACAUCCAAAGCGCAAGCAGCGCUAGGGUUUCGAAUAGCAACUGGCGUGACCAUUAUUCCGAUCUCCGAAUCCAAUUUUACUAAAAUUGAUCAGCCUUUUUCAUCGCGGCAGCCAAUUAUAUCUCUCCCUCCCGUUCCACCAUCCGCGCCUCUCUAUAUUCAAUUCACGUCCGGUAGCACUGGAAAGCCCAAAGGUGUCGUCAUCUCACACAGCAACUACACUUCUGGUGCAAUACCCCGUGCCUACGCUGUAGGGUAUCGAUCGCACACCCGAUGUCUCGACUUUGCGAGUUAUGCAUUCGACGUUAGUAUAGACUGUAUGCUCUGCACGCUUGCAAAUGGUGGCACUCUUUGCACUCCCUCGGAAGAAAUGCGCAUCAAUAAUCUCAGUGGUGCAAUACGAGAUAUGAAGGUUACUAUGGCACAUAUGACUCCUUCUGUAGCACGUAUCCUUGACCCAGACGUUUUAUUAUCACUGGAUGUACUCGGCUUGGGUGGAGAAACUGUAUCUGCUAGUGAUGCAGCAAGUUGGGGUGCAAAUACCAAGGUUGUGAUUGCCUACGGGCCAUCAGAGUGCACGGUGGGCUGCUCCGUUAAUAACAAUGUUAAUGGGAGUGAAUAUACGACUAUUGGGAAGGGUGUUGGAGGUAUAAUGUGGAUUGUUGACCCUGCAGAUCAUGACCGGCUUGUCCCUAUUGGUGCUAUCGGAGAGCUGUUGGUCGAGGGUCCCAUUGUCGGAAUCGGAUACCUCAAUGAGCUGGCGAAGACACAAGAGGUAUAUAUUGAGGAUCCUGAAUUUCUACUUACUGGAACCGGAACAAUACCAGGACGACGCGGUCGGCUAUACAAGACUGGCGAUUUGGUUCGAUACGACCCCGAUGGUCGAGGAGAGAUCGUCUUUGUCGGGCGCAGGGACCAGCAAGUCAAACUCCGAGGACAGCGAAUUGAGCUGGCCGAGAUCGAGUACAACAUGCGGAAACACCUCCCAACAGGGACGGAGGUAGCAGUAGAAGUCAUUAAGCCCGGCGGAUUCGGUGAACCAACUCUCGUGGCUUUCCUUACAGAGGGGAAAGAGAACGGAACUCGUUGCCAAAACGGCGAUCUCAUCUCUACAUUUUCGAAAGCCCUCAGAGAGAGAAUGGAUGAGAUGGACGUCUGCCUUGCCGCUGAUCUUCCGGCAUACAUGGUUCCUUCAGCAUAUAUCCCAUUGCACAAUAUGCCAUUGAUGGUAUCAUGCAAGACUGACCGAAAGCGUCUGCGGGAAAUUGGAAGUGUAAUACCGAGAAAGAAGCUGAGGAAUUUCAGUUCAGCGAAAUCUGAAAGGCAAACACCGUCAACGGACAUGGAAAGAAACCUGCACCGACUUUGGAAGGCUGUACUUAGCGGACAUGGCGACUUCGGGACAAAAGACAGCUUCUUUGCGGUCGGAGGGGAUUCACUGCGAGCCAUGAGGCUAGUGGCGGCCGCGAGAGAUGCAGGCAUUGCCUUGACAGUGGCUGAGGUUAUGCUCCAUCCAACUCUUUUCGCAAUGGCCACCAAAGCGCAGGUAAUCCAUGGAAUGGUGCAACCGGAUGUCGCUCCGUUUUCCUUGAUCGACUUGAUGUGGGAUGCGGAAGAUGCUCGUGCGCAAGUUGCUGAGCUAUGCCAAGUAUCAUCAUCGUGUAUUGAAGACAUAUAUCCAUGCACGCCGCUUCAGGAGGGUCUGAUGGCAUUGUCUGCGAAGUUUACGGAUGCCUACGUCGCUCAGAGAGUCGUCGAGCUGCCGAAUAUCGAGACAGCCCAAGCCCUUUGGAGGGCGUUUGGAAGUGCUGCUUGCGACAGCCAUAUCUUGCGCACGCGGAUCGUGAGCAUCCCUGGUCGAGGCCUUUUCCAAGUCGUGGUGAACAAAGUGGAAAAUAUUAAACUUGCUUCAGAUCUGUUCACAUAUCUCACCCAAGACCACGGCAACCCUAUGGAUCUUGGAGACCCACUUGUACGCUACGCAAUCGUCGAAACUCCUGGAAGCUCGAGCGUGCAUUUUGUAUUGACAAUACAUCAUGCUCUGUACGAUGGUUGGUCAAUGCCGCUAGUCGUCGAACGCGUGAAUCGCGCAUAUCAGGGUCUCGAAACGGAACGGCCCUCAUCAUUCAAGGACUUCAUCAAAUAUCUUAUUGGAUUGGACCGGCCUGUCUCAGAGGCAUAUUGGAGGGAAAAGCUGAAGGGCGUGCAUCCCGACCAAUUUCCUCUUCUACCGCAUCCUGGAUACCAAACCCGCGCGGAUUCGCUUCUCGAGCAUUAUAUCACCAUGAAAAAUUCUUCAUCUCCGUACACCAUUGCUACCAUAAUUCGGGGCGCGUGGGCACUGACAACCUCAUUAUAUAUGCGAUCCUCAGACAUCAUCUUUGGCGAAACCUUGACGGGACGAUCUGCUCCAGUGAGUGGUAUCGAUCAAAUUGAGGGACCAAUGAUCACGACUGUCCCUAUUCGCGUUCAACUUGACCUUGAUAAUUCCGUCUCCCAAUACCUGGAACAACUUCACAUUCAGACGGUGGAACAAAUCCCAUAUGAGCAUUUGGGGCUGCAACAUAUUCGUCGCGUUAGUCCUGACGCACGUAAUGCCUGCGAACUCAGAACGGGAUUGGUCCUACACCCAAAGGCGGGGAACUCCCAUAACGAAAAGUAUGAUAUCAUGGAUUCCCCAGCAAGUGGCCUGGUACCCUCGAAUGACGAUGAAGCGGCACGAGAAGCGUUGAAAUUCAACACAUACGCACUAAUGCUAGUAUGUACACUCGACGCGAGUGGUUUCUUAGUCAUGGCGAGCUUUGACUCCCAGACAGUGACUACCGACGUGAUGGAAAGAAUGCUGCAUGUUUUUGAUAAGGUUGUCCUGGCCAUGUGCAAUGAUUUGGACCAGAGACUCGGGGAUGUCGCCGUGCUGACCGAUGAUGAGGAGAGAGGAGCAAAAAUGAUACGACAGAGCAGAACAGCAGGUCCAGCCUCUACCGAGAGGGUCUUGAAUCGAGUGAAUAACAGCCGGGUGGAAAAUAUUAAGGUGAAGGCCUCUAUUCUCUUGGAACGGGAAGGAAGACUGCGGGAACUUUGGAGUCGUAUCCUAAAUCUACCAGCGAUAGAGAUUUCACCCACCGACACAUUUUUUCAGCUUGGUGGAGACUCUAUUGGGGCGAUGAGACUCGUCUCUGAGGCGCGCCUUGCCAAUAUGAAGCUAUCUGUUGCGAAGAUCUUUGAACACCGAUCUCUAUCGUCUAUGGCCAUAAUAGUGGAAGAGGUCUCUUCAAUGCCACCAAAUGUGAUUGUGGAACCGUUUGCUGCACUUGGCCCCGAAAAGGGUAUCUUCACCCAAGAAAAGGUCCGAGCUCUUUUGGCAAAUCCCAGUUGGGAGAUUACAAAUAUAUACCCUACACGCCCGCUCCAGGAAGUCGCUGUCAAUGGUACUGUGUUCUCUCCACGGUACUCUACUCGGUACGAGCUCAUCUAUCUAUCUGGAUCCGUUAAUCACACUCUUCUGUUUAACGUAUGUCAGAAACUUGUGGCCUAUAAUGAAAUUCUUCGCACAGUAUUUUUAGAAGUCUCUGGCCGUUGUCUUGGUGUCGUCCUGAAGACCCUUGAGGUUCCAGUCCACGAGAUACCGAUAUCAGAAGGAGGAGAUCUGCGAACAUCCGCAUUAGAUUUCUGCAACAAGGACAUUGGCGAACCGCAACUGCACGGCACAUCGUUUGUUGCCUUCACGUUGUUGACAUCUUCAACUGGAGAAUCAUGCCUCGCAUUCCGCAUAUCCCAUGCCCAAUACGACGAGAUUUGUCUUCCUAUUCUCUUGGAACAACUUUCUGCUCUCUAUUCUGGAACCGUUGUCGCCAAGACUGAGCCGUUUUCCAAGCAUGUCAACCACGUGAUUUUCAACAAACUUCAGGAAAGCAUCCCGUACUGGCAGAAUUUGCUCAAAGGAUCGAAAAUGAGCACUCUUAUGUCUUCAGAGUCUCUUGUGGCACGAAAAUCUGGGACUGUCUAUUGCGACCUAGAUAUCUCUGGCCGGCCCAGGGAGAUCACGAUCGCAACUCUUCCGACGGCCGCUUGGGCUCUUUGUCUCUCACGCCGCCUUUCCAUCUUAGAUGUCGUUUUCGGAGAGGUCGUUUCUGGUCGCAACAUUGAUCUACCAUCUGCCGAUCGGAUCAUUGGGCCGUGCUGGCAAUACAUUCCAGUGCGAAUUCAAUUCCAAUCGUCCUGGACCUACCGCGACCUACUUGAACACGUACAAGCCCAGCACAUCGAAUCCGCGGCGUACGAAGGAAUUGGGCUCAGUGAAAUCAUUUCCAGUUGCACGGACUGGGAUCCAGGAGAAAUAACCUGGUUUGAUUCUGUGGUGCAUCAAGCGACAAUUGGUGUUGAGACUUUGGACUUUGGGGGCGCGGAAGCUAGGGUUGAAACCGUGUAUCCGCAUGCGGAACCGCUGAGGGAGUGGAAGAUCCAAGCUUUUGUUGAAGGCGAUAUAAUGAGGGUUGAGAUUGUCACGUUUAAGGAGUGGAUUAGGGUUGCGGAGGAACUGUUGGGGGAGUUGGAGGAGGUGUUUGGGAGUUUUAUGGGUAGACCUGAGGAACGAAUUUGCUAA